UGAACUGAGUGAAUCACCAAUAAUCAUCUUCUCUGUAAGUCCUUUUACAUACACACCGAAGCUAGAAAAACCUCCACGUAAAUCGCUUCCAUACUUUGCUACCUCUUUAUUUUUAAUUAGUUGGGGGUUUUCAAAUCCUAGGACGUAGCCUAAUUGUGUUGAUAAUGAUAUGUAAUCAAUAUUUGGAUGAUCAAUUUUUAGAAAAAAUUUAGCAAAAUCAGUAUUGUAUUCAAACGUAAUAGAGUUGAUCAUAUUUUUUAAAAGUGUCAAAUUACCGCUAAGUCGAAUACCUCCCCUCCAUAAUGAAAAUUUAUUAGUGUCAACAUUAUCCGUAUUUUUUUCUUCAUUAUCUUCGAUUGUGAUCUCGUUGUUAUUAUCUUUUAUUAGAGUUUUAUUAUUAGUAUCUCGAACAUCCGCUAAUCCUAAAGCUACUAGAGGAGUUACAAUAUAUUUUGAAUUUGUCUCCUUUACAGUCUGAGAUUUGGAAGAUUGAUUAGUAUUAUUUUGUGUCUCCCAUUGAGGUACCUCUGAUUUCUUUUGCCUAUCUUUCAACGGUUGAGUAUUUGAUAUCUUUAUAUCAUUUGUCUUCUCUUUUUCUCCAACGUGUUCAUUUUCCUUUACGUCUACCUUAUUUUUCUCUGGCUUAGGUUGAUCAAUUGGUGGUGAUAUUUUUGGAGGCGAUUUUGGUACUGUAUUUAUUUUGGGUUUUGUCUCUAUUAAAUUAUCGACCUUUGAAGAUUUCCCUUUUUCUCUUUCAUGUUCUUUUCCCUUUACAUCUAUAACUUUAUUUUUAUCUAGCUUUGGUUGAUCAAUUUGUGGUGAUAUUUUCGGAGGCGAUUUUGGCGAUUUUGGUACUGUAUUUAUUUUUGAUUGUGACUUUGCCAAAUUAUUGAUCCUUGGAGGUGAUUUAUGUAAUGUAUUCACUUUUGGUUGUGACUCUGGUAAAUUAUCGGCCCUUGGAGGCGACACGAGAUCACGCUUCCAUCUUCCAUCUAGCCUUGGAGGUGAGAUUGGGGACGAUAUUUUUGGAGGUGAGAUUGGGGACGAUAGUUUUGGAGGUGAGAUUGGUGGCGAUAUUUUUGGAGGUGAUGGUAGAUCAUUGUUAUCUGGAGUUGUUUCGAGAUCUCGCUUCCUUUUUCUAUCUAGCCUUGGAGGAGAGACUACAGAUUUGCUCUUUGAACUAUUAG